AGACAACUAAUUCUACUACCGCUGCGCCUCACACCGGAGCAAUUCGCAGUAUUCUUCUUCGUGAUUUACUAUAUUCGACCAGUGAGACAUCUGUCUGUAAUGACAGUAUAUUUCGAUGGUUGAAAUAUCAUGAUACUCGGCUCGACUGUUGUUUCAUAUUCACGAUUUGUGGUUCUGUAUUUUUGAUAUCUAUAGAGCUGCAUUCUACAAUUUAUCGUUAGCUAGAACAGAUAAUAAUGUACAUAUAGUAAUGCAUCUCAGCAGUGGCAGUGCCAAUAAUCUAGUUCGUCGCAUACGCGGGCAAAGUGGAGUUGUUAUAAUAAGUUAAAAGGCAGUGGGUCAAUUUCAGUGAAUAUUGUAAACAGUUCUCAGGUGACCGCGGGUUACGUGUUGCUAAUAAUUCGCGUCGGGAGUAACCAGUGUUAGCGCACCUGCGAAAAAAGCUCUUAUUAAAUCUAUAAUUGUCGUCUGCGAUUAAUGUGUUUAAACCGGAGACUGAUUUAUUAGUUUUCACAACUGUACAUGUUCAACGGUAAAGGAUAUUAUAAUAUAACUAGAGUAGGAACGUUUUUGACGCUGGUCGGUGCACUCCGAUUGACUCGGGGAACGAUUCGGAACUGGCGAUGAAUAUUGAGACAUCGCAAGAUAUGACAUAGGCAGACAUCCAUGACUCUGAUCCCAUUUAAGAUGGAUAGUUAUAAUCCGUAGCAGUUUUGCCAUGCUGGUCACGCAAUCUCUUUCUCCCAUGAACAAUCUGCCAAAUAUGUUGUCAGUGUUGGAGGAAGAAUCCAAUGUCGAUAUUGACGAUGUGUUUCCACCUCAUGUCGACACAACAAAUAUUGUUAUUCAUCCAGAGUCACCGACCAGCAAAAAACAAGCACUAAAGACUUUCAACGAGGUGAAUGUGCUUCUACAGUCAGGGAGGAAGAGAGAGGUCAAAUUGAUCAUAAGAGAUAAUGCUUGGCCACUCAAUAAUGGCAUCAGAGCACAGUUAUGGCCAGCGCUUUGCAACCAGCAUACUCACGGCAAGAACAUGCUGGAUGGAUUCUAUUGGGACAUGGUUAAUCAAGUAUUUGGCACCACAGAAUUACCAGAGAAAUCCAUUAUGCUACCACCAUUUGUUGAUAGUACACAUUGUCUCUCUUACAAUCUGACGCGUAAGGGUCGAAGCGUGGCAGACAGAGUUGUAUCAGUUCUGGGUUUUGCCUGCCCCGAUAUCACCUUCAGCCCUUCGCUGUAUCCAAUAACGGCGCUUCUUCUACACUUCAUGCCAGAGGAGGAGUGUUAUCAUUGUAUGGCUAGUUUGGUUGCCGCCAAAGAGAAAAUGUUCAUCACCCAAACAAAACUUCUCUACGAAGUCACUUGGAAAACUGUUGAGCAAAUAACUAAAAAACAUGUGAAAUCUGCUGCCGUACAUUUGGCAAGGCAUUGUUCCGGGUCAAGGGCCGAGAGAAUCUACAUGGACUGGACUUGGUGGAUUCUGCAGCUACUUCCUUUUCAGCAUCUAGUCAGGGUUAUGGACUGUUUUUUACACGAAGGCAUUAAGGUCUUCUAUCGAGUAGCUAUGGCUAUAGUUUUGUUAUUCUACAAACAUUCUUCUGCGCAAAAUUCUGAAUGGAUGAAUGAAAUUUCCAAAAAUGGGAUUGACGCAGCUCUAUCAAAAUUCUGCAGGCAAAUUCCAGUGACGCCAGCUAAGUUUUUACGAACUGCUUUUGGAGUGCGGGCUCUUAGUUCGGCCUACAUUUCCAGAGUUUUUCUACGCACAGAAAUGGCUCUCAAGAGUCGCAGUGUAUUAGGAUCACGGUCCUUGGCAAGGUCGAGGUCAACUGACAAUUUGCCUACGAGCCAGUCUCAGGUCAACAUUCAAAUGAUGUCGCACACGCUCACCAUAAGAGAGAAAGAGUGCGAAGACACGUACAAAGACAGGGGAGCACACAGUCCUGGACCGCGCGCUCUCUCCAUGGGCGUUUACCCUAUUCAAAGUAUUCGCUCCCAGAUCCUAGAUACACCUGACUUAUUCACCCUGUGGUCGUGGCUACCUGUACGGAUUACCAUGUAUCAACCAAUUUUAUUGUAUACAACUGAAGAACAUGGUUGUUCACUGACAACCUUUUAUGUAAGAGUUGAACAACACGAACCUACGCUGCUUAUGAUAAAAACAUGCAACAACGAGGUUUUUGGCGCUUAUUGUUCAACACGGUGGUGCGAGCGCAAUUUAAAAGAUGACAAAGGACAGAGACAGGCAUAUUUCGGGACAGGAGAAACAUUCCUGUUCAGUUUGUAUCCUGAACGAGCUAAAUAUCCCUGGGUUGGCAUGGAUUCGUCUCAUAAUGAUCCUAGAGUUCAUCAUUCUGCCGAAUUAUUUAUGGCUGCUGACACAAAAAUGAUAACUAUCGGCGGCGGGGAGGGACAAGCAAUAUGGAUGGACGAAAACAUUAGAUUUGGGAAAACAGAUCGGUGCUCAACGUUCAACAACCCCCCGUUAUGUGCCAGCGGUGAUUUUGAGAUAAGAGUGCUGGAGGUAUAUGGUUUUGCCGGGGCUUAGUAAGAUCGCUAUACCGUUUAUAUCAAUUCCCUACUGCCAUUAAGCAACUCUCUAUGUCUAAACUGUCUUGUCAUCGACGUGUCAUUUUCGUAAGUUGAGAUACUUUAAAAGUAUUCUCAGUUUCUGAGAAUUAAUAAUAUAGUAUUAUUACGUGUCUUCUAUCGUUAUUUAUUACAUCAUAGAAGUCAUGUUAGGCGCUAAUGGUAAUAAUUGAGAUUACAUUGAAGAGAAGUCAGUCAUUUUUUUCGAUUACCUUCGUGUAAUUAUUUUCUAUAGUUACAUUGCUUAGAUUUAUUAUAUUAUAUUGUACACAUAUAUUCAUCCUUGUAUAUACAGACAAUUGCAACCUCUCAUAUUAUACCGUCUUAUAUCAUGUUAUAUUAUUGCUGUUAUACAUCCACAAAAGAAAACUUAUGGUCAAGAAUAAUGAAGAUAUAAGAAACGGGACAGCAUUCGCUUCGACAAUAAUUAAUGUUUAAUGACGUUGGUCUGGCGUCGAGUUGAUUCACAUCACAUCAAGUGACUAAGAUUACAUGAAUACUUAAUAUUCAUUGGACCAGACGUAUUGUUAUAAAAAAUGUAUAAUUACUCUAUUAUAUUAUUAUCAUUACUUUAUGUUUAUUACAAAAGUUUGUAUAAACGUGUCGUUUCAUAAAAGUUUAUUUAAUUAGA